AUGGUGUAUGAAAAUGAUCCUGGAGCCCAAAUUGAUGUGGCUGGUUUUAUUCAAAGUCCAGAUAAUAGUUUCGAAGAAGAUCAAUUUUAUCAGCUCGAAAACGACAGGAAACAAUCCGACUACGGUGGCUCUGUUAUGCACGAUGAUGAAGAAAAUAGUAAUAAAAUUAUUCAGGAUUACCAGAACUUAAAUAUAAAUAAUAUACCAGAAGUAAAUAUAUAUAGCAAAACAACACAUAUUGUCCCACAAAACAUAGAUUUAAACGCUAUCUCUGUGAGUGAUCACAGUGACCUAAUGGAUACAUACAAAUUAAAUGGUAUAAAGAAUAAUGAGAAGUCAUCACUUAAUGUAGGGCAUAGGAGUGAGAAGAAGUGGAGGAACAAUAAAGAGGAAAGUGAGCAAUCUGAACCAAGUUUAAGCAAUAUAAGUAAUAAUUUGAAACAAAAGUUUGAUAUACAUUCUAUGAAGAAUGGAAGGUUGAAAAGAAAAGUCCAAAUUACACAAGAAGAAAAACAGAAAAUCGAAUUAGAAGAGCUUGCAAAGAAAAUAGACAGCGUUAAAAUAGACACUGAAAACAAAUGA